AUGGGUGCGCGCCUCCUGCUGCUGGGCCUCUCCUUGUUGCUGGGCUUCCUGCAAGCUCUACCAUGUCUCCAGUGCCCACGAGUCAACGCCAGUGGGGUUUGCGAGACUGGGGAAAGUGUCUGCGAGACUCAAGGCAGCCAGCGGUGCUUCCUGAGGAAGGUCUACGAAGAUGACAGGCUCCUGUAUGGAUACCAGGGCUGUGGGGACCUGUGCCUCUCCAUGUCUUUCUUCAGACAAAGUGUUCAAGUGGAUUUUGUAUGCUGCAAUGACACCCCUUUCUGUAACAGAUUUUAG